UUUUUCGAAAUUAGUUCUAGUGAGUCUGUGAAAGUGUGAGCGACUAUCGGACGACGGCGACGACCACGACAAUUACGAGGAGCAGAAACGACUUUACUUUGAGUUUCGUUUUAUUUCGUGCACACGCGCGUUCAACGAGCAGCCCACACACCACACACCACAAACCACACACAACAUACAACAUACAACGUACAACAUUCAACAUCUUCACAAUUCAACAAGCGGAUCAACUGGGCAAAGACUAUUUAUUGAAUAGAGAUCAAUUGGAAAUUCAGAUACAGAUCGCACGACAUUCUCAUUGUCGAGCAUUGAUCGAUCGAUCGUCGAUUCUAUAACUAAAACACGUGCAACAUGUCGCAUCAGUGCAGCUGCGGUCGCGAUCUCAACAACAACUACGUGUCCUAUACGAGUGCAUAUGCCAAUGCGAAUGCGGGCCUGGAUCGGGACGCCAACGCGAAUUCAAGCAGCAAAAACAGCAGCGCACAUCACACACAGCUGACGGCCAAGGUGAUGUUUGGUACAGUGGGCGCCAUCAAGGAACUACGCGACAAGGAGCAACAACAGUCACGGCAUGCGGCGACGCGCGCCGGUGAGCGACGCAACUAAUAGUGGGCGGACGGCGGACAUCGGACUAUGGACUGCAGACUGGGCGUGGCAGUCAGUGAUGUCCACCAGGCAGUCCGGCAGGCAGCAGAGUUGUCGAGUUGUCGAGUUUUCGAGCUGUGUAAUCCGAGUGCUGUGCGAAAAUUCCAGAUCAGGCGGAAUACAAAUUUUUGGAAUAUGUUUACAUGUCUGUCUGCCUGUCGCGGACUCGGGCCCAGCCCGGGGACUCAUGUUAGAGGCUUCAAUGUGUUUAGGAAGGGGCAACGCAAUUGUUAGGCAAGUGUGCAGAAAGAGUUGAAUUUAAUUACAAGAAACCAGAAAUCACAUUCCGUGCUGUUAAAUGGUUUUUCCAAUACCAUUAAAAUCCUAACCGAAUUCCAAAACACAUCACAAACAACUCUUUUGCACACAAACACUCUCGAUUGUUUGCGGUGUUUCUAUAUCUGUAUCUAUAUCUGCAUCUAUCUUUCUCUCUCUCUCUCUCUCUCUCUCCAUUGGAGUUACCCUCAGUAGACAACAACUAAAUAAUACGUUUUUUGCCUGAUUUAAAACAUUGAUCUUUUCAAUUUUCCAUUAUAUUUUGUUGCUAGUUUCAAAUAGUUUCUCCAUGGAUUUCCCUCAUUUAUGAGUAAGCUUUGCUCAAUUUUCUGAUAUUGGUCAAGAAUAAAAUUUGCAAAAGGCUUUUUUAAUGGAAGUCUCAUUCAAAUGAGGAUAAAUUUAUACUUGUAAAUUGUUUAUGAUAUUUAUAACUACACAUAAUAUUUUAUAGUGCAAUACUUUAGUUAUAUACUCAUACACACACAUACGCAGAUAUGCAUAGCUUUAAGUUUGUUUUACAUAUAAGUGCGACUCUCACACAAACACACACACACAUAUAUAUAUAUAUAUUUACUCAUAUUUUACAACAAAUUUUCGAUUGUGCCUUGUCACUUUUUGUGGGCCGCAUCUGGAGAUUUCCAAGCACAAGUCGCAGUCGAAGUCUUUCACAUUCACACACACACUCACACACACACAAAAAUAUUAUAUAUAUAAUACUGAUAAUUUGAUAAUUAUACGAGUACUAAACUCUGGCUACAGCUGAUAUCGUUCCUUUUUAUGAACAACUUGGAAUGCAAUUGACUAGGAAAACAAAUCAAUAAAAACAAAAAAAAAAAAAGAAAACUAAAACAAAUACAAAUACCAGAAAAGAGCUGAUGUUAGCUUGCUCAAGUGAUUUUUAGUAAAAUGGAAACGUAUCUUAAUUGGCUAACUGAAAAAUAAUCGAAAUAAUGUUACUAAACUGACCGUGAACUUUUCGGAAAUAGCUAAACAUUAACAGGACCUGGGAAAAUGUCUGCAUAUAUGUAUACAUAUGUACAUUAUAUUUAUUAUACCUAAUAAUUUUACGAUAUGUAUGUACUGUCUAUUUAUAACGUUAAACUUAGCAUAACACUCAAGAAAUGCAAAUAAAAUCCCAACUUUUUAAUCAA